AUGCUAUGUCUUGUUGGGUUGCAGGGGGCAAAGGACGGGAGCAGUGAGCUCCAGGGGUUCCAGCCCGGCGCGCAGGUUACCACGGACCGGCUGAUCAAGGACCUGCCCAACUACGACGCCGUGUUCCACAUCGGCGACCUCUCCUACGCCAAUGGCUUCCUCGCGCAGUGGGACCACUUCACCGCGCAGAUCGAGCCCGUCGCCUCCAAGGUCCCCUACAUGGUCGCCAGUGGCAACCACGAGCGGACGUACAUGGACACGGGCGGGUUCUACAACGGCAACGACUCGCACGGCGAGUGCGGCGUGCCGGCGGAGACCUACUUCUACGUGCCGGCGCCGGCGCACCGUGGCAAGUUCUGGUACGCCGCCGACUACGGCAUAUUCCGCUUCUGCGUGGGCGACACGGAGCACGACUGGCGGCCCGGGACGGAGCAGCACGCGUUCCUCGACGCCUGCUUCGCCGGCGCCGACCGGAAGCACCAGCCGUGGCUCGUCUUCCUGGCGCACCGCCCGCUCGGCUACUCCUCCAACGACUUCUACGCGCAGGAGGGCUCCUUCGCGGAGCCCAUGGGGCGCGCCCUGCAGCCGCUCUGGCAGCGCCACCGCGUCGACCUCGCCGUCUACGGCCACGUCCACAACUACGAGCGGAUGUGCCCCGUCUACGAGAACACGUGCACCGUCAAGGGCAAAGAUCGGCAGAGCAGCUACGCGGGGGCGAUGGGAGGGACCAUCCACGUCGUGGCCGGCACGGGAGGCGCCAGGCUGAGGAGCUACGCCGGCGGCGCGUGGCCGCAGUGGAGCGUGGCGAGGAACGAGAGCUUCGGGUACGUCAAGCUCGCCGCCAGCGACCACUCGUCCAUGCGGUUCGAGUUCAUCCACAGCGACGACGGCGCCGUGCACGACGCCUUCACCAUCACCAGGGACUACAAGGACAUCAUGGCCUGCGCCGUCGACAGCUGCGCGCCACACACCCUAGCCAACUAGACUUCAGUAAUUAAUAG